UGCGCGGGCGUCGUCGCCGGCUUCACGACGGGCUGCGCGCGAGAGGACACGGCCGGGGAGGAAGCGGCUGCGGACCGCGCGCCGGAGCCCGCUCCGCGUCCCCGCCGCCGGAGGAGGUGCCCGCACGCUCGCGGCGCGCGCCGGCCCCACACUCGGCCUGUGGGCGAUUUCCUCCGGACCCAGGCUCCCCGCCCGAGGAGGAAGAUGCAGACCUUUCUGAAAGGGAAGAGAGUUGGCUACUGGCUGAGCGAGAAGAAAAUCAAGAAGCUCAAUUUCCAGGCCUUCGCCGAGCUGUGCAGGAAGCGAGGGAUAGAGGUUGUGCAGCUGAACCUCAACCGGCCAAUCGAGGAGCAGGGUCCCCUGGAUGUUAUCAUCCACAAGCUGACUGAUGUCAUCCUUGAGGCUGACCAGAAUGACAGCCAGUCCCUGGAGCUGGUGCAUAGAUUCCAGGAGUACAUUGAUGCCCACCCUGAGACCAUCGUCCUGGACCCCAUCCCUGCCAUCAGGACCCUGCUUGACCGCUCCAAGUCUUAUGAACUCAUCCGGAAGAUCGAGGCCUACAUGAAAGAUGACCGGAUCUGCUCUCCGCCCUUCAUGGAGCUCACUAGCCUGUGUGGGGAUGACACCAUGAGGCUGCUGGAACAGAACGGCCUGGCUUUCCCCUUCAUUUGCAAAACCAGAGUGGCUCAUGGUACCAACUCUCAUGAGAUGGCCAUUGUGUUCAACCAGGAGGGCCUGAACGCCAUCCAGCCACCCUGUGUGGUCCAGAACUUCAUCAACCAUAAUGCUGUGCUGUACAAGGUGUUCGUAGUGGGCGAGUCCUACACUGUGGUCCAGAGGCCUUCACUCAAGAACUUCUCUGCGGGCACAUCAGACCGAGAGUCCAUCUUCUUCAACAGCCACAAUGUAUCAAAGCCAGAAUCGUCAUCUGUCCUCACUGAGCUGGACAAGAUCGAGGGCGUGUUUGAGCGGCCAAGUGACGAGGUCAUCCGAGAACUCUCCCGGGCCCUGCGGCAGGCACUGGGCGUGUCGCUCUUUGGGAUCGACAUCAUCAUCAACAACCAGACAGGGCAGCAUGCCAUCAUCGACGUCAACGCCUUCCCAGGCUACGAGGGUGUGAGCGAGUUCUUCACAGACCUCCUGAACCACAUCGCCACUGUCCUUCAGGGCCAGAGCACAGCUGCGGUGGCUGCUGGGGAUGUGGCCCCACUGAAGCAUAGUCGGCUCCUGGCGGAGCAGGCGGGCAGUCUGGCAGGUGAGCGGACGUGCAGCGCCAGCCCUGGCUGCUGCAGCAGCAUGAUGGGCCAGGACGCGCCCUGGAAGGUGGAGGCUGACACAGGCAGCAUGGGUGCCGGCAACUCUGCCAAGCUGCCGCACCAGAGACUCACCUGCACCACCGGCGUGUCGCCCAGCUUCCAGCAGCACUGCGUGGCCUCCAUGGCCACCAAGGCGUCCUCACAGUAGCCAUGGAGCCCGGGACCCGGAGAGGCAGCGCGGGCACGGAGCACACCCUCUGGGCCAGCAGCUCCCAACAGGGACACUACUAUGAAUUCCUGAUGAUCUGACGCUUCUUUGUUUUAAUUUUUAACCUGAUUCUCUGAUGUCAUGAUCUGAAUGGGGGUGGGGAUGGAAAAGAGCACCAAGUGGCCCAGCCUCGCGGAAGAGGGACAUCCCGCCUAGUUCCUGCUGUGCAGAUCUCUUCACUGAGUUUACACAUGCUUGUGUUUUCAACACUAGGUCUGAAUGUGAGGUGGGGUGUGUGUGUGAGAGUGGUUGCCGUGCAAGUGUGUGUGCACGUCUGUGUCUGUCUGUCUCCGUGGCUGCUGUGGACCAGGCUUCUGGGGACCCUGGAGGGAGGCCUCCUGCCCCUGGCCAGGCUGUCGUGAUUCAGCAGGCGAGCAAACGAACGGUUCCUUCUUCCUUCCCUCUCCAAGCCUGCCCGUGCCCAGACCUGCCCCUUCCUUCUUCUCCUGACCAGAGGUACAGCUCAUUUCCUCCCCAAGUCAGGGAGGAGGCGGUAGGCCCCUUCAAGGGAGCUCCAUGCUGGGGGCCUGGGUUGUGACCCCCUCCCUUAAAAUGGAAGGCUGAGGAAACCCUUGGUUAGUGCCACUGUCCACUGGCUCCCUGGAGUCCAUCAGGCCCCUUCACAGGGCCAUUCCCUAGGGCCCAGGAGGGAAUGGAGCCAUAUGGCUGAGAAGCCUGGCUGAGCCUGCCUGUGCCAGGAUUUGUGCUGGGACUUUGGGUAAAUCAUCCUUGUGUGUGGUCAAGACCAGAGAACUGAAGGGCUGACUUACACCAGCCAAGAGGCGGUGCACUCCAUGAUGUCAUCCUGGAUAAGGACGGCACAGCAGCCUCUGCUGAGCACCAUGGCUGUCUGGGCCCCUCUUCCUCGGCUACCCAUAGGGUCCACUCCUGCUCACAUGUGCCAGCCCCUCCUGGUUCAGCAGGCCUGAAGCAGCCCUCGAGGGAGCAGCAGGCAGGCUACUGGAGGGACCCAAGGCCCGAAGGAAGGAAAGGGCGCCCAAGUUGCUUCCUCCACUCUGGAGGGUAUGGAGCCCUGGGGGAGCAGCCAGUGUGAUCUGUAUCAAGAUACCAGCUCACUUUGAAAAGAAAACAAGGCCUCUGAGCUGUCCCUUGGUCCAGUGAGACAGGACACGAGGAACACUGAGCGGGGCACUCAGUAAGGCCAUGCGGGCUUCCUUUUGACAGGAAGGGCCGACUGGGUGAGGGGCUUCAUUGGAAAUUGAGGGCUCCCGGACUAGGCGUGUUUACAGGAACUGAUUGUUGAACCUGAUCAAUGUCUGCGUCACCUUCCCCAGGUCCAACCCUGAGCCGGGAGGCCAGGAAGUGUGGCCAGCCUCCUGCACUGCUUUGUCUCCAAAAUAAACUACUGAAAUCAAACUGCACUUCACAUG